GGCUCCCUAGGCCUCUUUCCGUUCCAUUGGCCAAAACCCCGUAGGACAAGGGCCCGGGACCCUUUGGGCCUCUCAGCUUCCCGGAACCUUUGCGCUGCACUUGCCAGGCGGACGCGCUGAAGUGGACACCGGAAGUCCCUUGCAGAGUUUCCGGGUUUUCGGGGCUACUACGAUGGCGAUGAGUUUCGAGUGGCCGUGGCAGUAUCGCUUCCCGCCCUUCUUUACGUUACAGCCCAAUGUGGACACGCGGCAGAAACAGCUGGCCGCCUGGUGCUCGCUGGUGCUGUCCUUCUGCCGCCUGCACAAACAAUCGAGCAUGACGGUGAUGGAGGCGCAGGAGAGCCCGCUCUUCAACAACGUCAAGCUGCAGCGGAAGCUCCCUGUGGAAUCGAUCCAGAUUGUUUUAGAGGAACUGAGGAAAAAAGGGAACCUGGAAUGGUUGGAUAAGAACAAGUCUAGCUUCCUGAUCAUGUGGCGGAGGCCAGAAGAAUGGGGGAAGCUCAUUUAUCAGUGGGGAAGCAGGCUGAGCGAGAGGUCAUUCUGCGGAUACUUGAAGUCCUGUGGUCUGGUGGUUCGCCGUGUUUCCAGGAGUGGCCAGAACAACUCCGUGUUCACCCUGUAUGAACUGACCAGUGGGGAGGAUACUGAGGGUGAAGAGUUCCAUGGGCUGGAUGAGGCGACCCUCUUGAGGGCUCUGCAAGCCCUGCAGCAGGAGCACAAGGCUGAGAUCAUCACGCUGGGUGAUGGCCGUGGUGUCAAGUUCUUCUAGCAGAGCCGCCUCCAUACGCUCACCGCCGACUUUGCCAGGGCUCCAGGGUCCCCACAGACUGGAUCUGUGACCCCACUGGACCUCACAGGGCUCCAGGCCGAGGCUGGGACACAGGGAUGGGGGUCCCCGGCCCACUUGUCUGUCUUGUGGGAUAAGGGAGCCUGGGGUGCGGGAAUGAGAGACGCCUGUCUUGUCCUCCCUGCUUGUCCCUUAGCCUGACGUGCAGAGGCAACUGGCAAGCAAGUGCCUGGGCAGUGUCCAUCUACCCUCUUGGGCUGGUGCUGGUGCUUCUGAGGGGUGGGGGAGCCCUGGCUGCUGGUGCCUUCCCAGCAAAGUGCAGACCCUGAGCCCCAAGGUCGGGCAGUGACCUGUGUGAUGUGUGUGGCUCCGCUGUUUUAUGCUACUAAAGUCUCAACUCCU